ACGAUCAAACAAUACUUUCAAGAUUCGUACCACCGAUGAAAUUGAUUUAACAUUAGAAAAUGAUAGCAAAAUGAUUCGACGAAAAGCGGACUUGUUGCCACAUCUUUUAAAGAUCCAUAUAGAUAAUUUGAGAAACAAAACCAAUGAGGUAGAACUCAUAUUCCUCGUGGAUGCAUCUGGUUCGAUUGGUCUACACAACUUCCAUAGCGAGCUUAAUUUUGUGAAGAAACUUUUAUCUGAAUUUACGGUAGAACCUUUGACGACAAGAGUUGCAAUUGUCACUUUCGGAGGAAGAAGAAAUAUUAAUCGUAACGUUGAUCAAAUAUCGACAACUGGAAAGGACAAUCACAAAUGUUUCUUACUUAAUAGACAACUUAAUAAUAUCAGUUAUACCGGUGGUGGAACAUAUACGCGUGGUGCGCUUUUCGAAGCUCUUGAUAUUUUUGAAAAAGGUCGAAAAAUGGCGAAGAAAGUAAUAUUUCUCAUAACCGAUGGCUUCAGCAACGGUGGAGAUCCACGUCCUAUUGCUGAUCUUUUGAAGAAUGCUGGUGUCAUGAUAUUUACAUUUGGAAUACGUACUGGUAAUAUUAAGGAACUUCAUGAUAUCGCUAGCAAUCCUGAAUACGCUCACAGUUACUUUUUGGAUAGUUUUGCCGAAUUCGAAGCAUUGGCACGUCGUGCUUUGCAUCAUGACUUGAAAACGGGAAAGUAUGUGCCUAUGGCAGUCAGCAGCGAUUGCGAUAUUUUAUGUAUGAACAAUGAAAUGUACAAAGUUAGAGAAAGUAAUUGUUGCGAUGAUAUAGCAACUUGUUCGUGUGGUGUAACAACUGGUCAUUACGCUUGUAUUUGUCCAGUUGGAUUCUUUGGCUCUGGUUUUAAAGGUUCUUGCCAACCAUGUCCAAAUGGAACUUACGCUUCCGGCUAUAUUUCUGGAGAUUCAACAUCUAUUUGUCUACCUUGUCCAGAUGUUAAUCAUGUAACUGUGAAGGUUCCUGCUACUACAGUGGAGGAUUGUAUUUGUGGUUUUGGAUUCACUACCGAUGGGAGAAAAUGUGAAGUUAUAACGUGCCCGAAAUUAAAAGUACCAGAGAAUGGAUAUUUGGUGAAAGCAAAUGCCUGUAGCAACGUGGUGAAUGCUGCUUGUGGUAUAAGAUGUAAAAUAGGAUUUCAAUUGACUGGUGAUAGCAUUCGACUUUGUGGAAAGAAUGGGAUUUGGUCUGGCAACGAGGCACAAUGUUCACUAAAGACUUGUCCAGCACUAAGAGCACCUCAAUAUGGACGUGUUCGUUGUCAACAUGACGACGUUUAUCAAGAUCGAUUGAAAGAAGAUUUAACUUCUUAUCCCAUUGAUACACGAUGCCAAUUUAGAUGUGAUUUUGGAUACCAAUUGAGAGGAAGUAAAGUUAGAAAUUGUUUGCCCCUUUCACGUUGGGAUGGUUUGGAAACAACUUGUAAACCGAUUAAAUGUGAACCCUUAAAACAAUUAGCAAAUGGUAUGAUCUUGCCUAAGAAUUGCACUGGUCCUGAAAAAUUAUCCUUCUCUAUGAAUUGUACUAUCUCGUGCAAAAAAGGAUACAAGUUAGAAGGACCACAAAUUAGGUCAUGUGGUGGUCGUGCAGGUGUUUGGUCACAACGCCGUACCGUCAAUCGAUGCGUAGAUAACACUCCACCAGUUAUCACCUGUCCUCCUUCUAUAACCAUCGAAAAUUUGCCCAGUAAAAAUUAUGCCUAUGUUAACUGGACAGUACCAGAAGCUAUCGAUAACGACAAUGAUUCUGUUGCUGUUUGGAGCAAACCACAUAUUGUUCUUCCACGAAAAAUGAAAAUUGGUACUCGUAAUAUCGCUUACGUAGCUCAAGAUGCGAGUAGGAAUAAAGCAAGAUGUAAAUUCCAAGUCAAAGUGAUCGACAAGGAACCACCGAUGGUCGAAAAUUGUGUAGACCCUCCAGUAAUAUUUACUGAUCGUGAAACUGGAGCAAUUAAUGUCAGCUGGAACGAGCCAGGAUUUUACGACAAUUCCAAAUUAAUGAUACGAAUUGAACAAAGUCAUAGAUCUGAGGACAACGUGUUUCCAAUUGGUAAAACACAAAUUGUAUACAAUGCUACCGAUAUGUACGGAAAUACUGCGAAUUGUGUAUUAAAUAUCACUGUUAAAGAUAUAUGCAAGAAUAUUACCGUACCUUCAAACAAGCGCAUAAAUUGUUUGUACAAUGCAAAUCAAACGCCACAGUGCACGACUGUCUGCAGUGAAGGGUACGAACUGGUACAAGAAACAACGUAUCUUGGUACUGCAAACGAGGAUAUGCAAUUCAAAUGUAACAAAGAAAAUGGAACUUCGAAUGAUUAUGUUAUGUCUGAUUGCUUGGAAUCUGGACAACUAGAAACUGUAUAUGUAGAAGGAAAUAUAGCUCUCGAGGGCGAUACUAAAUCGUUUUGUAAUAACUCAACAAAUCUACGGGAAUUAACCGAUCGCAUUACCGAGGACUUAAGAUCAAAGCUAAUUGAUAUUUGCAAUAACGAUGUUGAAUGCAAUCUCGUAAGUUUUGAUCCUGAAUGCGAAGACGACAAUUUUACAAAGAAAAAUUUGUACUCGAAUUUGGUAAGGGUUCGACGAGACCAUAAAAAAGAUGAGGAUAAACUAAAGAGGAAGAGAGAUAAGAUUGAAAUUAAAUUCAAAUUCAUUGGAAAAAUAAUAAAAGAAAAUCGCGACAAUCCAAAAAAAGGAUUGCAAGAGUUAAGAGAAAAAAUUGAAUUGAUGACACGUUCUGGAAAACUUGAUUUAUUUAAUAAUAAAACUAAUCAAGAGAUAGCUAAACUUGCACUUAAUUUGCAUGUUAUAUUUGGAGAGAUACAAGAUUUGUGUGAACUUGGAAGUCUAUCUAGAAAACAUACUUGUAUUAAAUGUCCUUUUGGUACUUUUCACAAUACUUCUGCAAAACAGUGUCGACCAUGUCCUUUUGGAGAAUAUCAAGAUGUAACUGGAUCUAUACAAUGCAAAAAAUGCCCUAAAAAUACUUAUACUAGAAGAAUACGUACGAAAUCAUUACAAGAUUGUAUAUCUGUUUGUCAACCUGGUUAUUUUUCUAAACGUAGACAUCAUGGAUCUGUUAUAUCUAUAGAACCUUGCAUGUCUUGCACUUUUGGUUUUUAUCAACCAAAAUACGGACAAAAUACAUGUUUAUCAUGUCCUACGAAUUCGACUACACAAAAUCGUGGUUCUGUAAAUAUAAAUGAAUGCAUAAAUCUUAAUGCAACAAGAAAUGAUAUUUGUUAUACAAAGCCUUGUUUGAACGAUGGUCAGUGUUUAGAAAAAGAAGAUGAAGAUUUCAGUUGCGAAUGUCGUGAUUAUUAUGUCGGCACACAAUGUGAGAUAUUUCAAAAUCCAUGUAAAUCUUCACCAUGCUUAAACGAAGGAAUAUGUAUUGCGAAUGAAACUAAUAAAGAAAUGCCUUAUUAUUGUUCUUGCAAAAGUUCUUACACUGGCACAAACUGUGACAUUUAUAUCGAUGAAUGUACUCAUAAUCCUUGUCAAAAUGAUGGAAAGUGUGUUAGCACAGAAAAUGAUUAUACAUGUGUAUGUAAAGAUGGUUUUGAAGGUUCUUUCUGUGAAACUUCUGUAAAUCACUGCUAUCCCAUACCUUGUGAAAAAGGAUCAAUAUGUAACAUUGUAAAUCAAACGUGGUACUGUUCUUGCACAUCAGGAUUUUUAGGGCGUCGUUGCAAUUUGUUACCAUGUGAUUGGCUUCCUUGUCAUGAAAAUUCAAUUUGUAUAAACAUCAGAGAAAAAAAUGCAACAAGAAAUAGUUACAGAUGCGAAUGUCCAAUUGGAUAUACAGGGAGAGAUUGCACGCACAAAAUUGAUUAUUGCAGUAGCUCACCUUGCAGAAAUGGUGGACAAUGUAAAAGUAUAUCUUUUAAUUAUACUUGUAUGUGUCCUCCAACAUUUAUAGGAAAUAACUGUGAAAUUGAAUUGACAUCUGAUUAUGUCAUGCAUUUUACGAGAUCUAGUACAACUGAUUAUGUGAUGAUGAAAGGCCCAAUAAAAAAUAUAUCAAAGUUGACUAUUACUGUAUGGUUGCAAACUUUGGAUACUUUUAAUUAUGGCACUGUACUUUCAUAUGCAACGCAUGAACAAGAUAAUGCAUUUACAAUAACAGAUUAUAAUGGAUUUGUAUUAUAUAUCAACGGACGAGGAAUUGUAACUGAUGUUAAAAUUAAUGAUGGUUACUGGCAUUUUCUUUGCAUUACAUGGGAGAAUACUAAUGGCUCUUGGAAUAUUUUUCUUGAUGGAAUCCUUAAAGAUACUGGUACAAAUUUAGCAAAAGGUUCAACUAUUCCAGCUAAUGGAUCUUUCAUUAUUGGACAAGAACAAGAUCGAAUGGGUGGUGGUUUUUCUGAAUCAGAAUCAUUCGUGGGUAAUAUUACAUUACUAGAUAUUUGGGAUUCAGUUUUUACAAAUGAUUAUAUAAUGCACUUGUAUAGAACAUGCGAAAAAUACUAUGGCACUCUUUUUACAUGGUCUCACAUAUUGGAAUACGUAUAUGGAAAUAUUAUGAUCAUAAACAGCCAAUUUUGUCGGGGUUGUUCUAUACCUGUUGCACCAUUUAAAGGCAACGUAAAUACCACAGAAGAUUUAUUAGAAGCAACUUAUUAUUGUGAUCCCGGAUACGUGCUUAAGUUUGAUGGUAGAGAACAAAAAGUAUUAAGAAGAAAAUGUCUCAAGAAUAGUGAAUGGGAAGGCUCUGAUACACCUAAAUGUUCGAAAGUAAAAUGUGGAUUUCCUGGAUAUUUUCCACGUGGUUAUAUAAGGGGCUGGUCUUACUUUUUUGGAGAUGAAAUUUAUUAUUCUUGUAUUAGUGGUUAUGAGCUUCGUGGAAGCAUACGUCGAGUAUGCAAAUCUAAUGGAAAAUGGAGUGGAUUACCACCUAUUUGUAUUGGAGUAACAUGUAAAAGUUUACUGGCACCAGAGCAUGGAGACAUAGAAUACAUAAUAGAAGAAAAUGAGAGAGAUGAUAUCACAAUUCUACAGGCAGGACAACAGAUUGAAUUUAAAUGUGAUCCCGGGUUUCGUUUGGUUGGAGAAAAAUAUUUAACGUGUUUAGAAACCGGUGUAUGGAAUCAUGAUGAUGCAGUUUGUAUUCCCUACAGAUGUCCACCACCAGCAAAAAUAAAGCAUGGUUACAUGAGAAUAAUUACUAAAGAAAAAGAAGAAUCUUUAACUUUAUCACAGUUAAAAGAAAAUUUAACAGAUGAUCUUUUUACCAGAAACUAUUCUUACGGUGAUACUAUAGGAUAUUUUUGUGAUUCUGGUUAUAAGUUCGAAAAUAUGAAUGAUUCUUCUAAUAUGUUUAUUCUUCAAUGUUCUAAUGAUGGUUUGUGGUCCAGUUAUUUUCCAAAUUGUGUUUUCAAAAAUUGUCCUUGGCCAAAACCGAUAGAAAAAGGAAAGAUAUUUUUAAAAAUAGAUGGCAAUUUGACUUUGGAAAUUCCAGCAAUUCCAACAGAAUUAUAUUCGAUGCAACAUUUUCAUAAUCAUGAAUUAAAAGAGAAUUUUAUUCCUAGCACAGAAAUUUUUGCUAUUUGCAAUUCAGGAUAUAAAUUAAUUGGUGAAAAUAGUAGAAUAUGCAGUAAAGAAGGAACUUGGAUUCCAGAUAAUCAAAAUUGUGAACCACGCAAUUGCCCAAUUUCUAAUCAUUUGAUUUUCCGAUUGUUUAAUAUCGAUGGACUGUAUAACGUGCAAUAUAAAACUGAACAAAAAGUAAAAACUUAUAAAAAUGUGAGCAAUUUUUAUGGUAACAUUAACUUUUAUAUCGAAGGAAAUAUUUAUGGUAAAAGAAUUAUUAUGACGUGUCAAAAUAGUAUAACUGAUUCGAAUACUUUUACUAUUAAUGAAAAAUUAAAUAUUACGUGGAUUUGCGAUGAAGCUAGUCGAUGGAAACUUGUGAAUUUUUUACAACACGAUAAUAAAUUUAUCCAAAUACAUGACUCAAAUGAAGCGUGUGAAAAAGCAUUGUGUGCUACACUCGUUGAUAUUAAUAAUAUGAAUGAUUAUAAAAAUGUGACUAAUAUUUUUACAUUUGGUUGUCAACAAAACUAUAUUCUUGAAGGAUCUGAAACAUUAACAUGUCUUUCGAAUGGCACGUGGUCCACGAUGCCUAAAUGUAAACAUGUCACUUGUAGAAAUCCACAACUACCAUUUAAUGCAGUAUUAAAACAAAAUGAAAUUGAUUAUAAUAUUGGUGAUAUAAUUCAUUAUGAGUGUAUACCGGGAUAUCGAAUAUUUGGCCAAUUGACUAUAAAAUGUCUUCCUAAUGGAAAAUGGUCCAAAAUACGGGGCAAGUGCUCUAAAAUAUCAUGCGGCAAACCAGUAGUACCACCAGGAGUAGUUAUUAAGGGUCCAUCCUACUUAUUUAGAGAACAAGUUGUUUAUAUUUGUCCCAAUGGUAAAAAAACAGGUUCGAUUACUUGUAACUCAGAUGGAAAAUGGAGCAAUUCACCACAAUGCAUUAAUAAAUAAUUAUGGAUAAUAUAUUGCGGCAUAUAGAAAUGAUAAUUAAAUAAAACAUAUAUAAAAAUACGCAAGGAGAAACACGUAAACGGUCGUAUAUUUUUUUUUUAAUAUUCAUUUU